AUGAGCUCCGAGGCUGGUCGCAGUACCGAUUACCGAAAAUGGUCUCACGGCUUUUCUCGGGUUCUUCGCGAACUGGAGCAGGAACUGAAGGUUGCGGAACAGGCCUCCAUUCAGGGGACUGCAAAGGGCACCCGCAUCAAUGAUCUAGAUGAGUUUUCAGCGGCCUUUACUAAUUUGUUUACGAGGUCAGGAAGUCGGGGCCAUCUGGUUGAUCAUAGACAGCCCGUAGACGAGUAUACGGGACUUUUCGAGGACCGGUGAGUUCACGCCUCCCAAUUUUCAAAACAGUCCGGAGAAAAUAUAGUUUUGUCAUUCACCUGUUGGUAGACCACAGUGAAAGAUACUGUUUCAAGCUUUAAGGCACAAAUAUAUGAGCAUCGCCUGUAUGUGGGCCAGCGUACAUCAAGCUUUUGAUGUCCGAUACCCACAUUACUAACAGUGCUGUUUGACAAUCGACUUCGCACCGGAUAGCGUGUCUAGGAGUCCACACACUUGCGAAUUUAUUAACAGGCCAAACUCUUAUAGUUUAAGCAUAUGCUAGGCAAAGUUCAUAGGUGAAGGUUCAGCUGAUAACAACGAAUAGUAUGUUCGGAUUUGAUGCCUGAAGGACCAUCACAGAAAUUGUUGAAGAUCGCACAGUUACAUAACUCCAAAGUUUAGGAUUCAGAAUCGCAUUCGGACGCUAAUCGGACAAGGCGACUUACUCUUGAGGAGCAUCAUUCACUUAAGGUAUUUAUCAUUUAAAUAGAGUGGAAAUAAAGAACAGUUUAUGUUUCCAAAUUCAGCGGCCGACAAAGUCAACAGCUUUAGUUUUAUUUUCUCCAUGUGUGAGGAAGGGUCGUGGAUAUGAAGCUAACGCCGGUCGUUAAAGAGCAGCAUUAAAAAGAAAGGGGUAUUGCCCGAAGAGUGUUCACAAAACUUUCGUGCCGUCAAUAUGGGUCAAAGUAGGGAAGAUUCUAUCGGAUAAUUGGCUAUUUACUUUUAAAGUAAACAACGUGCGCAAAAAAACAACCAACUUCAAGCAACGUAAGCUGUUUCUUGCCUGUCAGUUGGUAAACACACGUCCAAUUUGGAAGAUCCUAAUUUCAUGAGAUUUAUGCGAUAUUCGCCUUUGAUGAUAAAAAAUAUGUCAUAGAAAGGCGGACACCAACUAGGAUAUCCGACAAUUUGGAUAGUGCGGGAAUGUCUGCCGAGGCAUUAGUCAUCAUGAUAUGAAGCUAUGCUGCCAAGAUGGUGCAGCUGACAUAAUGUCCCGGAAUAUUAUGGUGUUCUGUCAAACAUAAAGGUCGCUAACAGAGCAAUUCGAUAGUUUAGCAGGCGAAGCAGAUGCCUACAAAAUAGACUAUUUACAGUAGAUGUGCUGACUAAUGAAAUGCUGACGGAAAUUCUGAAAUGUGAUUUUGACUCGAAAAGAUUACUUAACCAGGAUUGUAAUAUUGACCAUCGUGCAGCAUAGCCCAAGAUAUUUCAUUUUCUUUGAAAUGUCGGUUUUUGAUUGAACUUGUUUUCAGCCCCCGGCAAAAGUUAUACUCCGUAAAAUGUGACUACUCGAUUAGUAUGAAUUGUUAUCACUGAUUUUGGAUGCCCUUAUAAAUUCGAAUAUAUUUUAUAGAAAACAUGCAUAAAAUAUUUAUUAUUUUGCUCAUUUGGUAGCAAAAUAUGACUCCGUCAAAUUUUAUGCUUGAAAGAAGUAUAUAAUACGGUUUUAGAAAAGUUUCUAAUUAUGCGUUCCUAAAACGUCAUGUCUCUGCAUUUACUAAUGCUGCUCGUGGAGUUUACAAUAUGGGUCAAAUCCACUGCUAAAUUUUAUGAACCUUAUAUGGUCUCCUCGUAAUGGCAUACGGAAGCCCCUGAUAUUCCGUACGGAGAGAAUAUAAAACUUGUAGUCCAGAAAUCCCGAAUGCCAGUGUAACGGCAGGUUGGGUUCGAAAUUAUUCGGCAAUUGGGAAAGUUUUCAAAAAACCGGAUUUUGCUCUUCCGUCAAUUAUAAAAUUUAAAAGGACAUAAUUUUCCACUAAAUGAGUAAGAGAAUGCAUAUUUUGUAAAUUUUUUAUGUGAAAUAUCUGAAUUUACAAGGACACCGAAAACCAAUGAUAAAAUACGUGCUACUUAAAUAGUCGUUUUUUACUGAGUCUAGUUUUUGCAUGCGGCCAAAAACAAGUUCGUUCAAAAGCUGGAUUUCUGUAAUAACUGGGAUAUUUUGAGAUUGUGCUGCAGGAUGAUUAAUGUUACAACUCUAGUUAGGUAGUCUUUUCGAGUCGAAAACGCAUUUCAGAAUUUCGGUUAGCAUCAUGAGUUAGAUAGCCUGGAGAAAGGAGGCAUGUACAUCAUAUUGUACACGACACGAAAUUCUGAGAAGUCGACUAAAAUCUCAACACAAAUAAGUUGUUGAUUUUAUCGUAUUAUGCAAUCAUCUCUGCAAAUGACUUUCUUCAUACGUAAACGUUUCUUUGGGGUAAAUGGUAUAGGCAGACUUUAUUAGCGGUGUUAAAUUAACUGCCUAGUCUUAGCAGUAUAAGACGAUACCUUAAGAAAAAAGCCCUUUUUCAGCCUACAUCUGGGAAUCCAAAGCAAUGGCCCCCAGGACUGACUAGAAGGGAUACGGAACGAUGCCGAUCAGAUUGGCUACUUCGAUCCUUCACCCAGGGCUGCAAAAGGCCCUUUUCCGCAGGGCUUUUCUGCAAAUAACUAGAUGUGGACCUCUUCUCGAGUUAUUCUUUUACAUCACAAAAACAAGCUAAGUGGGGUCAUUUGCCAAAACUUGGGCACAUUAGUCUCCGAAAUAUUGGAACGUCUGAUGGCACGGAUGUGUUUCAAAAAAACAUGUGCAUAACAUUCGUGAUUAGUAUUUGUUGCUCACUGAUUGACGUACAUGCAGCGCUGGUAUGCAGUCGAGUAGUAGACUUCUUCUGACAAAUUGGUUGUGUGAAUUUAGUCAAGAUAUUACUCUCGAUUUUUCGACACUUACUUGCAAUAGGAACAAAAAAGCACGCUCAUGCAAGGGUUCUCACUUCACUCAUGUUUAACCCUUCUUAAUAUAGGUCGCAUAUUAGAAAUCGGAAAAGCUCGGCUUACUAAGAGGAGAACGUCUUGUUUUUUCGGAAAAUUUGUGAAACACCAAAAUUUACAGGUGUUUGUAUGAACAACAGGAGAGGAGAACGGAUGUUGCUCAAUGCAAAAGGGUAACAAUCGGGAGAUGGCACCCAAAAAAAUCCGUUGACUAAAAAUAAUACCUUUAAAAGUAAACUCAAACGCCUGCAGGCUAUAUCAGCGGUUGCAGGCCGACUUUCGCGCACAAAUUGGACUUUUCGCGACGGCCUUACAUGGGCUGGCCGAACGAACAUCGCAGGAGGUUUCAUGGACGAUGGUCGCUGUUACCCAACCUUCCCCAUCGUUACACACGUACACCUGAAUAUACUGCAUAUAUUCGCACUAUGGCAGUUUAUUACAAAACAAAAUCACUUUUAAAUAAGAUAAGUCUGCACAACAUGGGACAGGAACAUUUCCCAGGCAUCUGUCAAAGACAUGAUAUUGAGGCCAAACCAAAGACGAUACUGUACUUCGGCUAUGUGGGCCCACACAGCUCGACCAAAUACAGGGCCUCCCUAGUAGAGUUUCGUUUUCGGUCUACUCCAGUAUGCCUCAAUGGCAUCGGUGUGCCGUCCGGUAGUAGGGUCUUUGAAGUUCUUUGAGUGGUUAACAGAGAAAUGCAGAUAACUUUCUGAGGGAAGACGAUUAUACGUCCUCCACUCGUCCGUUAUCACUAUGCUGCUUUUGGUGACCCAUUUUGUUAUAACGGAAAGGAAAGCGGGCCAAAUUCGAUCAUUCACCUGUUCAAAUAAGGCUUUCCGUCGGCUUGUAUCGUACAUCCGGACCAGCCACCACCCAUAAAACCCCUAUUACCACCUGUCCCGUAAGAGGGAUGCUUUGGUUAGGCGGAUUUUUUGGGUGCCAUUUCCCGAUUGUUACCAGCUAAAGAAAUGUAGCCGUUUAGAGGUAGUGAAGGAAUGCGACUACGUAAACAGCAAACAGAAGCAUUCUUCGAUUUAUUGUAUAUCCAGAGUUCUGUGAGGAGGCUGUAAUAGAACUUAGCAGUAUUGAUGCAUGCGAAACAGCAGGUUUCUUAAAAUAUCCGUAAACUACGUAUUAAAUGAAAAUCCGUGGGGAAAAUGACCAGUGUCUUGUGAUGCUGAAUAUAAAGGGGAAAUGCAAUAAAAAUGACACGUUCAAAAUAUACCCAGUGAUCGAUAUUUAUUUUGGAGACUUCCUUGAAGGCAUUAACAACUAGCUCCGGCUUAUCUGAUUAAACAUCCAUGCAAUCAGCUGUUAGUUGAGUUUAAGUCAAUUAAACGUCAAACCCUGUACUAUGGGUCUACAUUCUGCUCACUUCUCAGUCAUAUUAUCAAAUCAGCGGUCUUUAAUAAUUUGUAUGCCAAAACCGACAUCUCUGAAACGGAGUAUCUAUACGGGGGCAUUAGACUGUUUUUCAUAAAACUACCUAUUCUGAUAGAGCAGACCAAAAUUAUGGGAAGAGGCGAAUAACCAAUUUUGAAAAACAUACUGAAGUCGUCAUUUUUUUCCUGUGGAAUAAACAAAAAUUAUUUAUCCUUCACUUUCCGUAGACUUUCACCUAGAGAUAGCAACAAACUGGUUGUAUUUUAACCCGUGCUGACAGCGAGGACAUUUAAGUGACUGUAAUUUGUAAUAACGCGACUCAAAAUAAAUCGUAUAAGUAUACAAAAAUUUCUGAACGUAAAUGCAGUGGAAUUGUCGGAGCAAUGCUUAGGUACAGUCCCGAUUCUUUCAACCCGUUCUUUUGAGGAGUAUCAAACCAAUGUCAAUUUCAGUAGACGAAAUUUUAAAAUGCGAAAUGGAACUUUUUAGUUACACAUUACUUAUUGAUUUCCACAACUGAUUGACCACACCACUCAAUGAAACGCAUUUGCAAUAAAUGACGAUCUCAUGAAAUGUUGGCCGAAAUUCUGAAAUGUGCUUUUGAUUAGGAAGGAUUACUUAUGUGAUGUUGUAAUACUGACUAUCUUGCAGCAUAAUCCUAUAGGACUUCGAACUCGCUAGGAUGUCGGCUUUUGAAUGCACAUCUUUUCGACAUCCUGCAGAAACUGUGCAAGGUAAAAAUGACUACUCAAUAAGCAUGCAUUUUUCACAUUGAUUUUCGAUGGUCUUAAAAAUUUGAACAUACUUUAUCAAAAACAUGCACGAAAAUAUGUCUUUACUCGUUUAAUAGACAAUCAAGUCAUCUUUGCAUUGUAUGCUCGAAUAAAAUGCACAAUUAGGUUUUAAAAAGUCUUCUAAUUCCCGAAUAAUUUGGAGUCUGAUCAACGGUUGCAUUAGCGUUCAACGACUUCAGUCUACAAGGUGCAUGCUUUCCGCGUAAGGGAAUCAUAUAUUCUUCUAUGCCUUUAAAAAGAUACCACAUAGGGUACAUAACAUUUUGCGAUGGAUGCGGACAAGACUGUACAAUUCAUGAGGAGCGGUGAUAAACGGCCAGGCACGAUGCUAUAUGAAUGUACAUCAUACGGUCUUAAAAAAUCUCAUAAUUAGGAAUUUCCUAAGAACUAAUUCAAGUAUAACAUUUGAAGAAGACGUAGUCUGCUGUCAAAUAAGCAAAAGAAUGUGUAUUUUAUGCAUGAUUUCUACAAAAUAUAUUCGAAUUUAUAACAACAUCGAAAAUCAAUGUGAAAAAUGCGUGCUUCUUAAGUAGUCAUUUUUACCUUGCACAGUUUCUACAGGAUGUCGAAAAGAUGUGCAUUCAAAAGCCGACAUUCUAGCGAGUCCAAAAUCCUAUAGGAUUAUGCUGCAAGAUAGUCAGUAUUGAAACGCCACUUAAGUGAUCCUUCCUAAUCUAAAGUGCGUUUCAGAAUUUCGGCCAACAUUUCAUGGGAUGGUCUAUCCACUGCACCUUUCCUUUUUUAGUUGUUGUGCGUGCGAUGACCCAAUCUUGGGCGAUGGACAGUUCUUCAGGGGAAAGCUCUAUUGUCCGGCGUGCUUCCUCAAGGCGGACAUUCGCACCUGCUAUGCUUGUCAGUAAGUCUUUUUCAGCUACACCUAGUGCAACUUAAACGUACGGGUCUAAUCGGCCAUCCUUUUUUGGAUUUACGAAACAAAUCUGCUUAGGUGACAUAUUCUACCCAUGCCUUCAGCAAUGCGACAUUCACGACCAGGUCACCCGAACGUGAAGAAGACGUUCCUCGGGAGGGUUUCAUACUGACGUUUCAGCUAACGGUUUUGGCAUCAUGAGCUAAGCAAGCGGUACGCCCCAUUGGACAGGGGCUUGCUUGCCCAAUGCCACCCUGGGAAGAGCUGCGAACCUCACUGUCCUCCGUGCGUGGUACCUUGCGUCUCGCCGAAUCGGCUAUUGUGCAGGUGGCUGGGACGGUGUAAAUCUCUUCUGGAAGGUGGCUUGUGUACCGUGGAAAGCAGACAGUCCUGUCUGUAAGGACUUUGUGCCCGUUUUGGCAUUUGGUUGUGCCGCUUGGACUGGUGUCAGUGUUCCUGGUACCGCGGGUAGCGCCGACUGUCGCCAGGUGGCAGUAACUCAAUAAACCAUGUGUGAAUUCUCUUUCUUGUUUAUGCAAACACCUGGCCCAUCGUGCACGACCAGGGGUGUGCGGCGGGUGUAAAUAGACUGUUCAGCUUUGUCAGCCACUGCGUCUGAUUCCACUUCCGGUCUACUUGGCACUACACGGACUCCGGUUUCAUGUGUUUAGUGGAGGUGGGAGUGCGACAGGUGCAGCGCAAGUCCCUCCUCACAAUAAACUAAUUCAUGCGCAAGUCACCGUCCUUCCGCCCGCGAUGCUAGGGGACACAUUGGGGACACCACUGUUCCCGAUGGCCGAACUGCCGUGUGGGCUUGUCGUUUAUAAAGUCUACAAUAUGGCUCAAAUCCAUAUGUAUUAAAAGGAGAGCAUAUGAGAUUCAAAACAUUUAACAGUGAAUUUGAGCCAUAUUGUAAACUUUACGAGCACCGUUAGUAAAUGCAGAGAAACGACGUUUUAUGAACGGGCGUUUCACGGUCCUAAAAAUCCCAUAAUUAGAAAUUUCCUAAAACCGACUCACAUCCUUCCUUCAAGUAUAAAAUUUGAAGAGGACGUACUGUGCUACCCAAUGAACAGAAAAUUGAAUAUUUUAUGCAUGAUUUCUAGGAAAUAUAUUUGAAUUUAUAAGGACAUCGGGAAUCAGGGAGAAAAAUUCGUGUUACUUAAAUAGCAAAUUGUUACAGAGUUCAGUUUUUCGCAGGUGGUCGGAAAGAAGUUCGUUCAAAAGCCGGCAUCCCGUAGUAAGUGAAAUAUCCUGGGAUUAUGCUGCACAAUAAUAAAUUUUACAACCAUACUUGAGUAAUUUUUCGGGUCGAAAGCGCAUCUUAGAAUUUUAGUCAAUAUUUCAUAAGGCAGCACAUUUACUGUAGAAAACGGUGUAGCGUUAGGUAUACCGCGGACAGCUCGAUGUGAUUAUUAACUUGGGUCGGUUGACUAACCCUUGUCCACCACCUCGACCCCGUCGAGGUUGAAAUCAUGGCCUAUUUGGUUUGCGUGUUUUGCCAUCUACAGGUUAUAGUACAACUUCGAUACUAUCAGCCAAUUUAGGUCUGUCCGUAUCCACAACUGCACUGAAGCCCGUAAACUGCGACUCACUUCUCCCUAUUGAUGACUGACUCUUUUGUGAGCGUUUCCUGCCUGCAGAGUCUCCAGUCAUGUCUCUGCGCUGUCCCCAGUCCUCCUGGUGCGAGCUUCAUGGCCGCGAUGCUAAAUACUGUCUUAAAUACCAGAAUUUUCAGCCACGACCUGGCCUGAUCUGCUUCAUUCGUUCGGUUUCUUGAACAAUAAGUGGUUCAUCUGCAGAAUAUUUGAAACCCUUUCAACUGAAUUAUUUCAAGCCACCAGUACUUUCCAAUCAAAGGACUACUUUGUUUGAAUUUCGACUGCAAUGAUGUCAGCACGAAGGACUCGGUAAAAAUCGGGAGAGGGCACCCAAAUAUCCGUUGCCUUGUGACUCUUGUUACAAAUGCCACCGGCAGUGCACAUUUUUUCGAUAAACCACAAGUUUAUCAGUGCCAUGGGGUAUGAUAGAGGAAUAAGAACGCCAGCAAUAUUACCACGUUUCUCCUUUAGUGGGCUUGUGUUGCAAGGUUCGUGAUAUAGAGUUCUGGUGUUCUGUGAAUACACAGAAGUUUUUGGUAGGCACUUAGUUUACACUUGCAUUUGCGAAGUUAUCACCAAGUGAUUACCUUCUACGGUAUCCGCCAGUGUGCCGAUACCGAAACCCUUCCGCCCACUUUGUCCAGUCACUUAGAGCAUAGGCUCUCGGCCGACCAGCAUACUGAUCCUGAGAUUCACUGAGUCCUGGAAGUGACAGCUAACACUGAGAAGCUCAAGAUAGUUGUUUUUUCAAUCUUACUACUUCCUUACCAGUCUGCCAAACACCCAACACACACCUUCGCUGAUGAGCGAAAUGAUACGCAUGCACCCAGCGUGCACGGCCCAUGGGUGGUGCCAAAACUGUGUUCCAGUUGCACCAGUGUUGUUUAUUUAGUCGGCCUGCGUCAAGUUUUCAAGGGGUGGUGCGUCAAAUACAACUAUUGAAGAGCCAAAUCACACCGAAUUGCUGAUAAAAGUGUAGUUUUACCGAGGUAAAACAUAAAGCUGUGAUUUUUUGCGUCUAUUCCCCGGAAAUAUAUGCGGCCUUAACGCCCUUACCGGUUAAAUUUGUUCAACUCGAAACUAACAACUCAAAAGGAAUAUAUAUCUACAUACAUAUGCACAUAUGAGAAGAUAAGGCGAUCCCGGAACCCCAAUUUUCUUGUCCUGACGUUUCGAAUACAGGCAAGCUUCCAUCGUCAGAGUAUCGUACCGCGUCUCAGUGCUUACAGAGAGUGACAGUCAUGUUAACACGGCUUUAGGUAUAUGAUUUUAUCUUAAAAUUGGACACUGCAGGAAGGGCGACAUGGAAGGAGGCCUAAAUCUGUUUUGGCGCCCAUCACCAGCAUGUGCGAGACCGAGGGGGAAGGCGGGUGACUGUUGUCAGUCAGCAUAUCUCUGGUUGGAGGGCGGUGUUUAGACGUUGGCGGCCAUCAUCUGCAUUCGUAAUGUCCCUAGUUGCCGUCCUGGGUUGUUUGUUUUGUUUGCGUCCCUCUGACUGCAUUUUUCCUCGUCUGCCGAUGUAGUGGCUGAUGCAACAGUACUGAGGACUACCUUUUCGUCGGGCCCGGGUUGUGGUAUGGCUUCGUGCAUGUCUGUAGUAGGUUCUCUCGUGUUUGGAUUCACGUUUGACUUAUCUUCUUGUUUGCUGAUGCUUCCGGAGGAUUCGGUAGGCUCCCUGAAGGGCAACACAACAGUUGAUUGAGGUAGCCUCUGUGUGCUAGGUCUCGAUUGUUUACUUUGUUACCCGGUCAUUUCCUCGAUCCAGAAUAUCAGCGUCCUGGAAGACGGACGUGUGCCCAGGGUCUACGCAGUGUCCCGGCAUCAGAGUAAAUUGAUCCAUUCUCCUCUGUCAGAGCAUGUGUUCGUUAAAACGGGUUUGUAAUCAUUUGUCGGUCAUCACAGUGUAGUUAUCUUCCUAGGAGUAACACAGGACCGAGUGGAUGACGUGUACCCUUUCACCUCGCGGAAGAGGGCCUUAGGUCUCAUGAUUGCAUGUCGUAUAGCUGACUUCGGUCAGUGGGCUAUCCCGAUCCCCAACGGUUUAAUGAGGCGGAAAGCUACCCCAGAAACAUCAUCAGCGUAUGACAGCGCGCGCUAGACUUUUGGCUGUUCUGUCACUGGACUUUGGCUUGGCUCGAACUCCCUUCCGCGUUCAAUAAAGCUACGGGAGUAUCCGUUGGCCAUCAAGAGACGCUGAAGGUUGUGGAUUUCUCUCCCUUUGUCGUCUAGCUCUCUGCAAUGGGGUUCUGCCCUUCUGUAAAGAGUUCACAUACAACUGCGUUUGUGACAUAACGGGUGCUUAUUGCGGUAACUUCGGACUUGGCGUGCGUUUGUGGCCUUCCUAUACAUCGUCGUUUUUGGGCUUUCGAUAAAUAAAAACGCCCAGGAACGGCAGUUGCUUGUUCCUUCCCACCUCCAUUGUCCAGGGAAACAGACUUCAGGGCGUUAUGAUAUUUUCGACCGCUUCUCAUAUGAUGAUGACGAAGGUAUCGUCGACGCGUCCAGUUCAAAACGUUUGCCUGUAGGUUGCAUAAACUAGGAUUACUGGCUUUUGGAGAACUGCCUCGGCGUGAAGCCCUACAGCAUGGGAUCCCAUUGGCAUUCCAUCAAUCUGCUCGUGCAUGGCCCCCUUGAAGUGGAGUACGUCUUCAGACAGAAUCUUAGGAGCUGGAUAAGAUGUUUCUGCUUCACUGACUUGCCGCCGGCAACAGCUCUUUGUGUACUCAAGUCGUCACCACCCAUGCUUCCUCAAGUAUUUAUGUAAUCUUGGUCUUUUUAUGACGUUCAUAACGGAGGUCCGUGCUCGCCACGUUCUACCGGCCCUUUCAGACUUUUAAAUUUGGUAAGGAUUGGGGGAAGGCAUCCAAGCAUUUGUGGCAUACAAAGAAUACCUACUUUACUUAUUCAAGUGGGUUUUAGUCCGACACGAUUAUUUCAGUUUGGUGUUUCAUCGCACAAGGUUGGGCCACCUGUUGUAGACGGGUUAGUGCGUUAUGUACAAAGACUUCAGCUCACAGAGUUGAGAAGCGAUCAUUGUAGACACUUAAUGUUUGAUUUUCAACUGUCUUGCUUAAUUUCCGUUGCUAUAUGUCAAUGCAUUUAAAGGUUUCCGCCAGAAAAACGAAUUUACCAAUUAUCUCUACUUAUGUUGCCAUUCCUCUAUGCAUACAAAGGUCCCGCCCGUAAAAACCCCAUUACCACCUUUCCCGUAAAACAGGCACCUUUGGCUGGUCGUGUGUGUUCGUGGUCCUUCACCCGAUCGUUGCCUGACACUUUAUAGGGCACUUAUUUUUCCAGAACCCGACCACCAAAUAAUGUUAACCAUCUUGUUGUUUGCGCACAGUUGUUCAUUUUUCCGAUGUAAGUUCAGAUGACGACAGCUAGUAGGCCAGAAAUGACCAUCCCAUUACCAGUCGCGGUGCGACUGCCUGCGGAGCUCUAGAGCGAACUUCAAAGCGCAACUAGAUGAGCAAAUCUCGUAACCUGAUCGAAAAACAUAAUCCCAACAUAGUCAGUAUUCCCGAUCGCAAUCGACAGGAUGAGUUCGUCGCUCAAUUAGUAGAUCGUUGGACUUAAGAGUGCUCGACGAUCGAAGAACGCGGGUUCGAACCGCAGGUAUCGCAAAACUUGAGGUUGGGCAGGGCUGGCUGACGGCGGCUGCAGCAGCGGCCAGAAACGGCCCUCGCAGUCGCCUCUGUUUUUGUCAGCAGUGUCCCUUAGACGUAAGUCUUCUUACUUCACCGCACACUCGCACUGAAGGCCCUUCCAAUAUCUAUUGCCUACGGACACUCCGGUUAAGCAAGGACCGACUGACGGGCAAGAGCAUCAUCCCAAAGUUAGGCACGACGGACUGGCUGUCUUUAUUAACUGCACAAUUAUUGGAAUUGAUUUAAUUGUGAUAUCCCGUUCCUUCCCCUCCACAAACGUCCAUCAGUUUGACCAACGACCUCCGUACACGCCACUCUUGCCUCUCGGUCUAUGGACAGCUGCAGCCUCAUUUUGCCCUUAGCAACUGAUUUACGCGGUAUCAUAGUGUGCCGAAAGGGAAAUAAGUUGCACGAUAGUCAGUUGUCUGUUCCGAGACCGUUUUCCAGUCAAAUCGCGUCACACAGACAGUGAGGGUCUCUUGUAUAAAGUGGGGUUCAUAAUUAAAGGCAAAAGAAGACUCGGUUGUAUUACUUGAGUCCAUCUACUCCGGAAAGCAACACAACUUCAGCAAACAUGCACUAAGGUCGAUUAUCGAUAAGUAACAUCGUAUCCUGUAGCUUCUCCGUCUUGCAUUGGCAAAAACCACUUUUGCGUUAAAAUAUCUAACUCUGCUAAAAGGAUGGGCUUUUCUUCGUUCGUUCACGCGGUGUGCUUAAUGCUCUCUGGGCAACGAGAUAGGCAUCAAAGUACUCUACAACGGCGAAAUUAUUGUUUUCGUUUCCAUACUAUCUGCACUCGCUGACUAAGCAGUUAAUGACAGAGAUUGUUCGCCUGGCCAUAAGAAUAAGUAAAUAGCAGGAUCAGGCAUCAAAAGUUGGGAUCUAAAGCCGUCAAGUGUGCUUUGUAACAACGGCGAGUUCCAAAAAUUUGAGUGGCGACCUCCCUUGUGAGUGAACCAUCUCUGAGGACGAUUGAAAGUAAAUGAGUAUAUGGUUAUCGGGAGCCGUAUUCACCAUAUAGUCACCGAACAGCUUCAAGGAUGCGCGAGGCGGAUGACCACUGGUGCUCAGUAGAGCCAUAUAGCUGCUCUUGGGCAGACUGUGUACCGGUGUGGUCUUCCAACGACCGUGUAUGAGUAAACACGUCCAGGGUCAUUUGCGAUGUGCUGUCAUAUCCCCUCUAGUACAGGAAAUGCAACGUGUGUUAACAUAGUCCCGUAAAUUUAUCAGACGAACUUUGGCCUGAGUCGAUUCACUUGGAAUUAUCAACUCCUGGCUUUACUCGGCGGCCAUUAUCAUGAAAGUUGACUCAACCUUAAAUUUCCAGUUAGACUGUCGGUUUUGAGAUAAAUUUUAUUUUUGCAGCUAAGAAAUAUAAGCAUUGUGACACAUUUGACCACCACCUUUCACCUACAUCGUGGUGAAUUCUAGUCAUCCAAUCGACGGCAGAGCUAUCUUCGCCCUUGGCAGAGCCUGGCAUCCCGAGCAUCUGACCUGCACCAGGUGCAACAGCGUCUUGAGCGGAGAGCGCUUUUAUGUGAAAUCGGGUCUGCUCUACUGUCGUCCCCACUUUGGCCAACAGACCGCGGAGAUCUGCCAUGACUGUCGUGAACCACUCUUCGAGGAAUUCAUCCAGUGGGCCAAUAAAUUCUUCUGUCCAGACCACUUUCGGUGCGAAAUUUGCGCCAAAAAUCUGAAAGCCGAGUAA